AUGCAGACUAAGACAGGAUAUUAUAUUGGCAUUGACGUGGGAACAGGAAGCGCGCGUGCCUGUGUUAUUGACCACAAUGGCGACAUUGUCGGCUUAGCCUCCGAAAACAUUGGCCUUUGGCUACCAGAGCAGGGCUAUUAUGAGCAAUCGACCUCUGAUAUCUGGCGAUGCAUUUGCACAGUUGUGCGUCGAGCCCUCGAUGAACACGACAUCUCACCAUCCCUCGUCCACGGCAUUGGCUUCGACGCAACGUGCUCGCUAUGCGCUUUUUCAACAGAGACUGAUGAAUCCGUCUCAGUCACCGGCCCAGGUUUCAAUACCGAUCGGAAUGUCAUUCUGUGGCUAGAUCACCGUGCGGUCAAGGAAACACAUGUCAUAAAUGCCACGGGCCACAAAGUUCUGCGAUACGUGGGCGGAAAGAUGUCCCUUGAGAUGGAGAUUCCGAAGAUUCUCUGGCUGAAGAACAACAUGCCCGAGGAGACCUUUGCGAAAUGUCAGUUUUAUGACCUUGUCGAUGCCCUGACCCACCUUGCUACAGGUGGGAAUACUAGGAGCUUUUCUAGCAUGGUCUGCAAGCAGGGGUAUCUACCAAAGGGCGUUGAGGGGAGUGUCAAGGGCUGGCAGGAGGACUUUUUGCAGGAGAUAGGCCUGGCUGAUCUGGCUGACUGCGGUUUCGAUCGGAUUGGAGGUGUGAACGGUGAGAACGGUCGACACUUGAAUGCAGGCGAGUUCUGCGGCACUCUGUGCGAGAAGGCUGCUAGCGAGCUCGGUUUGCGGCCUGGAGUUGCAAUUGGGGGCGGCGUGAUCGAUGCAUACGCCGGGUGGAUAGGUACCGUUGGCGCCAAAGUGGAUAUGAAGCCGGAGUGGGCAAGCAAUACAAGCUCGGACCCGACACUUGAUGGUAGGAUUGAGGCAUUCACACGCUUGGCUGUGGUGGCCGGAACAUCAUCCUGCCAUAUCGCAAUGUCUUCCGAUCCAAUCUUUGUUCCUGGCGUUUGGGGCCCGUACCGGGACACAAUCUUCCCCGGCUGCUGGAUGGCUGAAGGAGGUCAGUCUGCCACUGGGCAGCUGCUCAAGCAUGUACUUGAAACCCACCCGGCGUCCCGACAGGCCCUUGCGAGUGCCGAGAGCCGCGAGAUGAACAUAUUCGAAUUCCUCAACUCCCAACUCACUGGAUUGGCUGCUGAGCGGGGGUUGCGUUGUGUGGCAGACCUAGCACGGUAUUUCUUCUUCUACGGAGACCUGUUCGGGAACCGGUCCCCAUUAGCAGACUCAAAUAUGACAGGCUCCCUUGUCGGUCUGUCUAGCGAUAUAUCGAUUGAAGGCCUCGCUAUCCAUUAUUACGGCACACUGGAAUUUAUCGCACUGCAAACCAGACAGAUUGUGGAGACGAUGAACAAGUCCGGCCACAAGAUUAGUUUGAUAUUCAUGUCCGGAUCGCAAUGCCAGAACGACAUCCUGGUCAAUAUGAUUGCUUCGGCAUGCAAUAUUCCUGUUGUGGUUCCACGCUACAUUCAUGCGGCAGUUUGUCAUGGCGCUGCAAUGCUGGGUGUCAAAGCAGCCAACGUAAAUUCUGAGGGCACGACGGUAGAUCUGUGGGAGGUGAUCGACGCACUGAGCAAACCUGGGGAGGCAUUCUAUCCCACUGAAGAUGAGCAUGAAAGGGCGCUGCUCGCGGCGAAAUAUCAGGUCUUUCUAGAUCAGUGUCAGAGGCAACGAGAGUACCGAGCAAUUGUCGAUAAAGCUACCAACUUCUAG